CCCGAGUCCUUGCUGAGCAAGAGAGAAAAAAAAAGAUCAACGUCAUUCUCAUCACCCUCUCAACAUCAAAUAAACACCAAUAACAACAGAUCUGCAUAACGCAAUAUAUUAGGAAUCAAUCAUGGAUGCCGCAGCCGUUCGGGCUCGCAUCGCUGCCACCCUCUCCGCCGAUAUCAACGUGCGAAGAGCUGCCGAGCUCGAACUCAAGCAGGCCGAAGGACAUCCUGGCUUUAUCGAUGUUUUGCUCGAUGUCCUGACUACCGAAGCCGAUGAUUCUGUCCGACUUUCAUGUGUCAUUUAUCUCAAGAACAGGACGAAUCGAGGCUGGUCCAGAAGUGACCAUUAUCCCGACGAUCCGCUAAUAUCGGAAGAAGAAAAACAACGCUUUCGCGAGCGCGUACUCCCUAUCCUUACCGCUUCUCGCGGGCCUGUCCGCCAGCAGCUGUUACAGCAAAUCCAGCGCAUCUUACACUUCGAUUUUCCUAGGAAAUGGCCAAGCUUUAUGGACGCUACCUUGCAAUUGCUGCAUGCAAAUGACCCCCCUUCUGUUCUUGCCGGCCUGCAGUGUCUCCUUGUCACUUGCCGCGCCUACAGAUUCAAACCCCAAGAUGAUGUUAGGGGGGAUUUUGAGAAGAUCGUCGAAGCUACCUUCCCGAGACUUCAGCAGGUUUGCAAUGAAUUGGUCAACCAAGAAAGCGACGAGGCCGGCGAGAUGUUACAUAUCGCCCUCAAGGCCUAUAAGCACACAAUCUGGCUCGAGCUCUCUCCGUUCUUGAGACAACACGACGUAAACAUCGGCUGGUGUACUAUUUUCCUCCAAACCGUGUCCAAGAAGAUGCCCCCGUCGGCUAUGAGCGAAGACUUGGACGAACGCGAAACAAAUCACUGGUGGAAAGCUAAGAAGUGGGCCUACUUCAACCUCAAUAGGCUCUGGAUCAGGCAUGGCAACUACACGGGCACCGCUUCGAAGAACGACGAGAUGGCUAGGUACUCUAAGGAGUUCGAGAGUACUAUUGCACCCGAAAUCCUCAAGCACUACCUCCAAGAGAUCGAGAAAUGGGUUUCCAAGACCUCCUGGCUUAGCAAACCGUGCUUAUCGUACACGCUUAUUUUUCUGGACGAAUGCUGUCGGCCGAAGUUUAUGUGGAGCUUGAUGCAGCCCCAUCUCACCAACCUGGUUACUCAUCUGAUCUUCCCAGUGAUGUGUCUAAGCCGAGAGGAUGUGGAAAAAUUCGAAGACGAACCCGAAGAAUACCUUCAUCGGAAGCUAAACUUCUAUGAGGAGGUUUCAGCCCCCGAUGUGGCGGCAACUAAUUUUCUUGUCACCUUGACCAAGACUCGCAGAAAGCAGACCUUCGAAAUCUUACAGUUUGUCAACAGCGUUGUUAACGAGUAUGAGCAGGCGCCCGAGGAUAAGAAGAAUCAUAUCGCAAAGGAGGGUGCUUUGAGAAUGAUUGCUACUCUGGCGCCGGUCCUCCUAGGCAAGAAGAGCCCGGUUGCCGACCAGAUCGAAUAUUUCCUGGUCCGUUACGUCUUCCCUGAUUUCAAGAGCCCUCUAGGUUAUCUUCGAGCCCGUGCCUGUGACACCAUCGAGAAAUUCGAGCAGCUCAAUUUUAAGGAUCAGAACAACCUACUCCUUGUUUAUCGGCACAUUCUUGACUGUAUGGCUGAUAGCGACCUGCCUGUAAGAGUCACGGCGGCGCUGGCACUACAACCUUUAAUCCGACACGAUGUUAUCCGUAUAAGCAUGCAGCAGAGUAUCCCUACUAUCAUGCAGCAGCUGCUUAAGCUGGCUAAUGAGUGCGACAUCGAUGCACUGGCCAACGUGAUGGAGGACUUCGUUGAGGUGUUCGCAGCCGAGCUAACCCCGUUCGCUGUAGCUUUAAGUGAACAACUAAGGGAUACCUACCUCAGAAUUAUCAGCGAGCUUCUCGCCAAGACUAAUGGUCGCGACGAUGAUGACUUCGGUGAUUACCUGGACGACAAGAGCAUAACGGCUUUGGGUGUUCUGCAGACCAUUGGCACUCUGAUCUUGACAUUAGAAAGUACUCCUGACGUGUUAUUGCACAUCGAGGCUGUUCUAAUGCCCGUCAUCCAAGUCACCUUAGAGAACAGGUUAUACGAUCUUUAUAAUGAAGUUUUCGAGAUAAUCGACAGUUGCACAUUUGCCGCGAAAAGUAUCUCGCCCACUAUGUGGCAAGCCUUCGAGCUCAUCCACGGCACAUUCAAAUCCGGCGCUGAGCUAUACUUCGAGGACAUGCUGCCAGCUCUGGACAAUUUUGUGCAAUACGGUGCCAGCCAAUUAGCCCAGAAGCCCGAGUACGUCCAGGCUCUAUACGGAAUGGUCCAGGAUAUGUUCCUCCAAGACCAGAAAGUUGGAGAUGUCGACCGCAUCUGCGCGUGCAAGCUUGCGGAAGCUAUGAUGUUAAGUCUGCGUGGUCAUAUUGACCAAUCUGUCACAGGAUUUAUCACUACGGCUAUGACGGUACUCAGUGGUCAAGAGCUCAGGGUCAAGUCGUACAAGAUUCACCUGAUGGAAAUGGUUAUAAAUGCUAUUUACUAUAACCCGCUCUUGACUUUAGCUGUCCUAGAGAACAAGGGGUGGACCAACAAGUUCUUCAGCCUUUGGUUUAGCAACAUGGAUCACUUUAGCCGAGUGCACGACAAAAAGCUGUGCAUCGUAGCUAUCGUUACCUUGCUAAGUUUGAACGCAGACCAGAUCCCUGCAAGUGUCAGCAUCGGCUGGCCAAGGCUCUUGCAAGGGAUUACCGGUCUCUUUAAGACGCUACCCACUGCCCUAAAGAACCGCGAGGAAGCAUUAAAGGAAGACUUUACGUACGACUCGAAUGAUUACGGGUAUGAGGAUGAGGACGAAUGGGCCGAUGAGGAUACCAGCUGGGCCGUUGAGGAAGGGGCAGAAGGAGACCAGGGAGAUGCUCGCGAUGAGAGCACGGCUUAUUUGGAAUUCCUCAACGAGGAAGCCGCCAAAUUCAGCCAAAUCGAAAACCAACAUGGGGGUCUCGUUGACGAGUCAGAUGACGAACUUGGGGAAGAUAGCGUCUCGCUUGAAUCGCCCCUGAACAAGGUUGAGCCUUAUCAACUUUUCCGAACCGUCUUAAUGAAAAUGCAACAAGAAAACCCGCAACUCUACUCCAGUCUCACUUCGAGUCUGUCAGCGGAUGAGCAAGGCGUCAUUCAGAAUGUCGUCCACCAGGCUGAAGCCAAUGCCCAGGCUGCCAUGCAAUUGGCAGCCCAAGCGGCACAAAAUCCUCAAGGGGUCUCGGGAGUGCCGGAUACCGGAGCUAGAUAGAACCAGCGCUGGUUUUCAUUUCGAGCUCACCCAAGGAUAGUUUAGUUUAGAGAUGGCUUCAAUAUGUGUGAGACUCGCCACUACUAUAACCCCGUAGUCGUGUGCCUAGGGACGCAAUGCUGGCUUCCCACAACUAUCAAGCUGGUACACGAGGCGGCAUUAUUGAUGGAUAGUUGAAGACGGUGUCAGAUUUUAUAGCGCAAAGGGGCUAUGGUGAGCAUUUUGGGUAUACGGGCAUGAACAGCGAGUUCGGUGCAAUUAUUAGUAGUAAAUAGGUAGGUAGAAGCCGUCAUUGAUGGCUAUUGAACAGUACCCCGGGAACAUGGAAAGGAAACUAGGGAGGAUAUAUCCGGAGGCUGCACGACGAUACGUUUGACGACGGGCCAAAGAUGGAUG